UUUGGCCCGGUCAGAAUCCGCUGCCAAGGGCUGCUUGAUUGCAGCGGGGCGAUGAUGUUGUUUCUUUGCGUUUCGGUCUUGCUCCGGUAUACUGGGGUGAUGUCCACGUACAUUUGUCAACAUAUUUGAGGCGUUGGCAAUUGCAUAGGCUUUUCUCGUUGAGUGUGGCGACAUACUGUUAACGUUUUAUCCACAACUCUCUGUCCGUCGCCGUUGUAUUCGACUGGGAAGCCAAAACAUUCCCAAACUGGAUAUUUAAACAAUGAUGGAAGAUUCUCAAAUUCUGGUUGAUCGACCCCACCACUUACAUAACUAGUUCCCGGCUGCGCCUCACAAAAUGACAGUUUGAAAUGCGCCAAUUAAGAUUUUAAUUUUGAUUGCAACGUGCACAUAGACUCUAGUUGUUUUAACGGAAAGGCCUGAAAAGUUGUUUUCAGCUCAGAUUUACUCAAGAGAUAUAGGCCUACAAUGCAGCAUAGCCUAAAGGCCUCGUGUUUUUAUUUUGUAUUUUUGAUGUAUUCAUUUAGGUUCACAGUGUGGACCGAACCUAGGUACCCAUACCUACAUGUGUGAUUACACCCCUACAAAAUCACAUUGCAUAUUUGAAUAUGAAUGAGUGGGUAUUAAUAAGUGCAAUGCUUCAAGUAAUCAAAUGUUCAAGUUCCAGUUGUGUGGUCCAGAUAUAAGACCAUGGUACGCAAUGGCCUUGUACAACCAGCAUGUCUGCCCUGUGGAUAACUGGCUGUAUAACCAGUCAUGUGAGGAGGAGCUUUAUCUACAGAGUGGACCAACUUUGUGCUGUACUCUGGACAAUGUUCCUCUCAUCAGUAAAUGUGGCACUCUUCCUCCAGAAAGCUGCUUCUUCAGCCUCAUCUGCAGCACUGGAUCCUUCAUGGUGAUUGUGAUAGUCCUCCUGCGUUAUGCCCAUGUGAUAGAGAAGCAUCAGAACUGUGUAUUGAACACAGCGGGCCUUUCCACUGGCUGGAUCUGUGCUGCAGGACUCAUCAUGGUCGGCAACUUCCAGGUGGAUAAUGCUAAGAUCCUCCACUAUGUGGGGGCAGGGGUAGCGUUCCCCACCAGUAUGCUGUUUGUGUGUCUGCAGUCAGCUCUAACCUACAGGCUGGCCAAGACUCAGGGAGAAUACAGCCUGGCUCACCUACGACUGGGCAUGACACUACUGGCCUUCAUCACGUUGGUGCUUAGUGGCGUGUUCUUUGUCCAGGAGAGCUUCGUCCUGCAGCACGCGUCGGCCAUCUUUGAGUGGGUGUUCUGCGUCACCAUCAUGCUCUUCUACGGAACCUUUGCCUUUGAGUUCGCCGGUGUCACAGGAGAUACUGUGAUGGUGCUCGCCAGAGGGGGAGCCCUGGGGCCGAAUGGGAGAGAUCACAAAGUAGAGUCCCUAGGAGGUCCCAUUCCGCACCCCCCUGAGAGCAUGUCAAUGCUGUAGUCCCUGGGAGAGAGGCCAAAAAGCUGGCCUGUGCCAUUAUCAAUCUGGGGUAGGUGGAGGGACUUUUGAGUAUCCAUCGCUAAUACACCAAAACACCCCCAUUCCAGGGUGUGAAGUGGACUAUGCCAAUGGCACAUAUAAGCUCAGCGUUGGUGGAAUGGAUUCUACCAUUUCCACCAGGCCCGGCGGUGUGGACACCAUGGGGAGAUGUGGGUUCGUACUGUUCCCAUGUCCCCAGCCCUGUCCCAGCCUCCAAAGACCCUGCUUGUGUUUGCACAUCACUAAUGAAUAAUAAUCUUAUUUUCUUUCAUCCCCUGUUUUCCGGCCAAAGAAGCCUCAUCACUCAUUACAGGAAGUGAUCCUGGUGCCGCUGAGUCUCAGCCUGUUGCUAUCUGAUGACAUCACUGUAUCUCGACGCAGAUUAAGAGAGGAGGGCAGGCCACCAGAUGGCUAUAUAGAGAAAGAAAGAGAGAGGGAGUGAGACGUCAUGGGGGUGAGGCUGGGAGAAAAAUAGAGGACCGCAUUAGAGAAGAGAGACCUGCGUGGGAGAGCUAGGCCUGUGCGUGGGAGAGCUAGGCCUGUGCGUGGGAGAGCUAGGCCUGUGCGUGGGAGAGCUAGGCCUGUGCGUGGGAGAGCUAGGCCUGUGCGUGGGAGAGCUAGGCCUGUGCGUGGGAGAGCUAGGCCUGUGCGUGGGAGAGCAUAAUCCAAUAAACAAAAGCACUUGAAUUGGCCAAAUACACAAUUAUUUUCAGAGGCUGUUAGCGAGCAGACAUUGAUGUUUCCCUCAGUGCUAGAGUCCAAACGAGACAAUGAACCUGCUGCCACCAUUCAUCUUUUAAAACACAACAAUACCAUGAGAGCCGGGCCUCAUCUCACGGCUCCCAAUACGCCACAUGGAAUAUUUAGAAUAUUUCAAAUGGUUAAAAUGACACCCUUCACAUGUAGCGCAAGACUGAGGACUCACUACCAUGAAUGUGUUGAUGACAUGGAUGCUUCUCUGAUGAACAGUAUACUGGUCAAUGAACCAUGGUUUUAACCGGGGAAUAUCUGGAUACCAGAGUUACCUUAUUUUUCUACUGAUACUACAUAAACGUUGUGCCUUAUAAAGCUGUACAUUGGAAUGCAGACUUUUUCAGACUGUAAAAAUAUUUUUUUUUCCUUAUGAUUAUUUGAGACACUUGAGUAUAUGAAAAGCCAAACCUCCAAUAGUAUUUUAUACAUAAUAUUCCAAACACUUUUAUUUUCUACAUGUUGACUGUACGGUUCACCCAAAAGGUAUGUAUGUUGGGAGGGGAGAAGAGGACUAGAAGAACCCAACUGUAAACCAGCUAAUACCAGCCAGAGCUAAGAUAAAUCCCAGGAAUCAGAAAAGUCUGAAAAACAGAGGUCGAG